AUGGUGAUAUGUCAAGCAACGCGGCUUGAGACCGAGAAGGAGGAGCUUCUCGAGCUUCAUCGCUCAAUAGUCGAAAGUUCCAUCAAGCUUAGCCAUGGGCUCAAUGAGGCGCUUCAGAUGGCCUAUGCUGAAUCUUCCCAGCGUCAAGCCUUCAUGGAGGCGACCGCAGCUUUGCAGGCGAAGCUGACACAAGACCUGGAAGCAACUGAAACUAGUUUUAGAACUCUGCUGGGCAACUUAAUGGAGGGCGUCGAGUCCGCCGUCGAUUCGGUAGUUACAACUGCCACUUCAGCCCUUGCAAGGGUACAUAACGAUGCAACAAGCCUGGAGAGGGACAUUCGAAAUGCGACCAAUGAAGUCAACUACCUGCGACAAAUGCUGCAAGCUGUUUAUGAUGAAGCUCUAACCAGAGAAGCACAAAGUUUGCAUGCUCUCGAACAGAAGGUCGAGAAACAGAAUGAACUUGCGUUCUCACUUCAGUCCAGGCUCGAGUCCCUUGUGCAAGGUGAUGUAGCCAGGCUCUCACAGAAUGUUGAGACUUUUGACGCGUCGCUAUCCUGGCUCUCAGAGAGGCUAGGACUCAUUCUACAACAGGAGCUGGGGUUGUCCGAGCGACUACGGAAUCUCGAGACAUCUCUUGAAACCUCGCAAUCGAAGGCUGAAGCUUUACGUAUAACUCAGCUGCAACAGUUCGAUGCGCUUGAAGCACAAUACAGAUUACAGCAACAUAUGGAGACCAACUUUCAGAUUUCACAGGCGCUUCUUGACAAGGCAACUGCGACUACUGCGAACUUACAAGCGAUGAUUGAAGAGACGACGACCAGAUAUCGAGAUUCCCCAAUACUAGGGAAUGUUAUCGGACCAUACUCUGCCUGGACAGUGUGUGGUCUUCUUCUCAGUUUUAUAGGCGCGCACAGUCCAAGAUUGACUCUGGCAGCUCUUGCGAUCGUUGCCGUUCACCUCGCAAUGACGAGAUUCUACCACGGCGUUCUGUUUUAG